CUAAAGAUGUUUUAAAAGUUAGACGAUAAUUAAUGGGAAAAGUGGUGAAAAAGGGCAGUAAAUCACAAACACGAGCAAGGCUGCCGAUGCUGGACAAAGUGCCGGAGGAAUUCAGCAAGUCAGGCGGUAUCUAUGGAACAGAUGUAAAGUGUAAAUGGGUGUUAACGGGUCCGGUGGCUGAAGAACUUCGUGUGACUAACUGUCCCUCUGAUCCGAUGCUUCAGACUGAGGUUGGUUUAUUGUCAUAUCCGUCUGGGCACAAUGGAAAUUCCUGCACCGGCGAGACAGCAUACACAGGUUUUUUUCCCUUCUUCCGCCAGCUGCAUUUUGGGUUUUUCUCCUCUUCUUGUCGAGGAAAUUUCUAUUUAUUUCGGCCCGUUUACAGGAUGUGGGCACGGUUCGUAGGGGGAGGUAGUGUAGUUGCCGAGUAGCGCGGCCGGUCACUUCACAGAUUGACUGAGGACCGAUCACGGUGCUUGGGUGUGGAGUUUCACAGAAACCAGCGCAGGAAGUGAGGAGGCGAGUGGUGGGUUCGGCGCAUGCGCGGUCGGGGUAUCAUUGUAACUAGUCGCUAAGUUGGCGGUGAGUUUCGGCCGCUGCUGGAAGCUCCGCUCCGGACCCUCGGGAGUGGCCUGACCUUUAUUUCUGAUCCCAAGGUUCUUCACUGGAGCGAUCACCAAUCUAAAAUUUGAGCAGAUUUUUGGGGGCAGAACGGAAGCCUGCUCAGCUUCAGGAUGGCAGACAAUGCAAGUGUCGUGGAGGAGACGUGCAGCCUCAUGGUCCUGAAGAGUGAGACCAAGCGUAUCAUGGAGGCCUUCCUGAAGAGAGCGCAGAUGGAGGGUGCCUCCGUUGGCCACAUUGGGCGCUGCUACCACGACGAAAAGAAGUACAAAGCCAAGACUCCCGACAGCCAGGACUCCAUCUCCGUAAAAGUCCACAAGCACAAGAGGUCACUCUUGAAAGGGACCUUGGAGCAAGAAGACGAGGAGAAGCGGAGGAGUCUGAAACAUUUCCAAGGGACCGAGGAAGAUACCGGGUGGGGUACAUCCGAUGAGGAAAUCUGCCAGGCCGAGGAAAAAAAACAUGGCUUCAAAACGGCCAUCAAGAAACUGAUCAGACGACAGAAAAAGAAAAAGGGAAGCAAUGCUUCGGAAAAGUCCAAGGACUCUUUAGACUUCACUGAGGCCCAUGGGUCUCCGAGGGGAACCACUAAGCCGGACUCCAAGGCCAAUUCCUUAAAGAGGCAGGAAAACACUAUAAUCAAUAUGCAUGCAAGUAAUUUUGCACAUGCGAUGGAUUCAGAGGGAUCUGUCUCUGAGGGGGUGACUAUCAGGGAGGAGAGCAGCAAGCAUAAGAAGACUGGACAGUGGUUUUUAAAUCUUUUACGGAAAGGGCCCAAGAAAAGUGAUAACAUCCACCCAGAGAAAGACCAAGUGCCUUCACCGCCAUCACGGCCUACAACACUAGCCCUAAACCUCUCUCCUACAGAGGUUGAAAGUUCGGAAUUCUACACAGAAGCGGCAAAGAAGCUGGAAAAGUUGGCACAGAAAUGCUGCACCCGGACUGGGAAUGAUUACUUUAGUCCAGGCAUCCAUUUCCAGGGACCAGUGACAGCCAAAAAUAACAUCCAUCAGAGCGCAAUCGAGAGGAUCGUGCAGGUGCUGCAGGAUCAAGGAGACCAAAUCAACGAGAAGGUGAAGGACGACCCUAUUCUGCAACGUCCGAUGUCCUUUGGGAGUUUUAAGCAGCUGGUCGAAGCCUUUACAGCCAAUGUUGAAGAACAGAUGGAAGAUCCAGCCACCAGCCCUGAGCUGACAAAGAUCGCACUGACCAUGGAACUUACUCGGAGGGUGGCUGGCAUCAGUAGUCACCCAGUGCAGCAGCUGAUGGGAUACACUAUGCAGUACAUGGACAUGUUUGUUCCCUGGCUGCAGGAGCAAGGCGGAUGGAAAAUGGUACUGCCCUUGGAUGACUUCUCCGAACAACCGAUAGACUGACUUGAGCCAGACCCAGGGAACUAAGAUGAAAUUCGGGCAGUCCUACAAGUUUGCCCUCGGCUAUUCAAACAAAGAAAAGAAGCUGUCUUUUAAAGCUGGAAAAUGCCAAAGACAUUCAAAUAGGUUUCAGCCAUCAAACGUGCGAGUGGGUAGGUGACCGAAACCAAACGGGGGUGGAGAAACCAGCUUCGUGUGGGACUGUCACAGAGACAGCUGGUGAAGUUGUGUUUAUUGUUGUACUGACGACGAGAAGCUUAUUGUUAUAAGCUGUAGUAGAGCCUGUACCGUUGUGUCUGCGUGUUUUUUUUAUGCACUCUUUUCCAUUCUAUCCUUCUCUGGAAAAGUCCAGAGAAGGAAAUUUCCGUCCUACUAAUAUAUACAGUAAAAUUCUGGAGAAUCUGCUCUCUAAUCAUUGUCAAAUCCCGGAGAUUCGGCACCUGUUUCUCUUCAAACUCACCGGGUUCACUGGGGGUGGGGGGGUGGGGGGUUUUAUUCUGUACUGUACACUCAGUGUCCACUUUAUUAGGUGGCGGAGUGGACCUGGUGUAGUCUUCUGCUGCUGUAGUCCGUCCACUUCGAGGUUCAGUGUCCUGUGCGUUCAGAGGUGCUCUUCUGCACACCACUGUUGUAACACAUGGUUAUUUGAGUGUCUUGUCACCUUCCUGUCAGCUUGAACCCAUCUGGCCAUUCUCCUCUGACCUCCCCUAUCAACAAGGCAUUUUUGCCCACAGAACUGCUGCUCGCUAGAUGUGUUUUUUUGGUUUCUCGGACCAUUCUCUGUAAACUCACGAUACUUGUACCUGAAAAUCUCAGGAGUUCAGCAGUUUCUGAGAUAUUUAAACCAUCCCAACUGGCACCGACAAUCAUCCCACAGCCAGGGUCAUUUAGAUCACAUGCCUUCCCCAUUCUGAUGUUUAGUCUGGACAACAACUGAACCUCUUGACCAUGUCUGCAUGCUUUGAUGCAUCAAGUUGCAGCCACGUGAUUGGCUGAUUAGAUAUUUGUAUUAACGAACAGGUGUACCUCAUAGAGGGGCCACUGAGUUUAGAACAUUAUUUCUCUCUUUUAAAAGAAAAAAAAGUUUUUGCGUAUUAAUUGGAAUAAUAUCCCAUGGUCCAAACAAAAUGCCAGUUUGGAAUUUCCUUACUGUAGCAGAUUAAUGGAGUUUUCCUGUAUAUCCUAAUUUCUGAAUAUGAAAACUUAUGAAUACCAUAGAGGAUAUCAUUGGUUCAAGGAAAAUGGAUGAGUAUGGAGUCAGUGAGGGGGGGAAAAAAUGUACCUGACAACCUUGCUCAGAAAUCUACCUCGUUCUCACCUACACUCUUCAUGAUGCACGCAUUGUUUAAAAUGUAAAGGAUUGGCCAUUUAAAGUUUUAAUCUGUUGAUUUGAUUCAGUAGCCUGUAUAAUGUAGCUGUACAUAACAAGGUUUGGAUCACGUUGAUGGUCCGUAACUUUAGCGGAUGUCCAUGAGUAAAUCAAACUAACUUCAGGAAGAUGUACCUGCCCUACCUACUGACUGUUACGCCGCUGGCAUUUCGGGCAGCAAUGAGAGUCCUGCAGCCCUGGCAGUGUUCAGGGCUUCCUUCAUCGUGCCAGUAGCUCAGUUUUCAUGACUGUUAAGGCUGAUUUAUAUUUCUGCGUCAACUCGCGCUGUAGGUACGGUGUCACCGCGAACCCUACACAGAGCCUACGGGGAUCCCUACGCCGUAGCCUGACGCGCACCUCUCCCAAAAUGUAACUACGCGUUGCGGCAACACAGACUGCAACACCAAUGAUUGGUCCGCUUGGUAGCAUCGCAUUUCCUCCUACGCUGCAAUAGCUUCCCACUGGGCGACUGAAGGGCAGGGGAGGAACUCUGGCUGCAAUGCUUUCCAUAAAGCUUUACAGACCUCCGAAAUUAUGGAGGACACAUUUUGCUUUUACGAAAAAAGACGCUCGCUUCUUGUUUACCCCGAGAAAGACUAGCAUGACCAUGAAGCCUUGCGUGGGCAGGUGUGUGCGCAUGCAUGAUGUGCGCGAAUUGCAGAGCGACAUAGACACACCAACGUACAAGUAUAAAUGCUCACAACGCACGUAGGCCACUUGCGUAGGUUAAGGCGUUCAUUUGAUGCACAAGUAUAAAUCAGCCUUUAGUCAUGCAACUCCUGAGUGGAGACUCAGGAGUACUAUCGCACUCAGAUGUAGAGGGCUCUUCAUUACUAUCUCUAACAGUUUUAUUUUACCAGUCAAGGUUGUUAGCCCUGAGUUGAACCUCCAAACCUGAAGGAUUGGUGGACCACUCUUAGUCUGGCCUCUACCCUUUGACCUGCUUGGCAUGGGUGACCCGACCAAGAGCCAAAGCAUAAAGCCCUGACUCCAGUCAUCAUUGCCCUCCAGGUCAUUGAGGCACGCAAACUUCCAAACCCUAUGACAAAGUUGUAGUCCUCUUGGAGGUUCAGGAAGAUGUAGGUGGUUUUUAAGAAGUGCCUGAUGUUUUUCUUAUAAUAUACUUUCAUAGGCCAGUGGGGACUUGCGCUAAUGAUACAACCAGUCAGAAUGCUCUCCACUACGUGUCUGUAGAAAUUUGCAGCAGUCUUUGGUGACAUACCAAAUCUCCUCAACUUCUAACAAAUUUCUCAAUUAGUGUGAGUGUCAAAGGUUCCAGAGACAAUGGGGUUGACUGGGAGCAUAAUCAGCCAUGAUGGAAUGGUGGAGCAGACUUGAUGGGCUGAAUGGCCCUACUUCUGUUCCUAUGCCUUAUGGUCUUAUAAUGGGCCCACUGAUUGAAAGAUGAGUAAGGUGAAACUAGUGCCAUAUCUAUACGUACUACCUCCUGUGGGUAUCUGUGGCCAAGAGGCUCAGUAGUCCAAUAUGAUUAUAAAGCAGAAUAGCAUCUAGAAGUAUCAGUGAAAAUGCAUUGUAAGUGAGCAUUCUGAAACGAGUGUGUAUCAUCAGAUUGAGAUAAAUGUGUUCUCCCUCCCCGACCAUUCUAGUCAUAGCUUUCCCCUCCUGUCCCGUGUAUAAAUGUGGAACCAUUAUUUGCCCCAUUUGUAGAAGAAAAUUAUGUUCCCCAAGGGGAAGCAUUUGUGGAAAUCAGUGCUGUGCUCCCUGUCCUUUUGGACAAGCUGUAGAUCCCAUAUUGGGAAAUGGCUACCUAAACUAGGCUGGCUUGUACAAUUUUAUCUUUGGCAUGUGACUAUUGAGGUCAACAACUAACUAUUCAGAAGAGCAGUGGAUCAUUGGUGUAGACUACCUGGCCUCAUUGUAGGUGGCUGGUUCAAUAUUGUAGACAGGCAGCUCAGUAUGCAAGGGACCUUGUUAGCUUUCUGGGCUGUUGGACUGGAUAAUCUUUGUUUAAUUCUUGGUGUGUACCUGAAGCUAAGGGUUCCAAUCCAUUGGCCAGUUGCAAGGAGUUACCCUACAGUGCAAGGGAAAGGGGUGGUCUUGCAAUAUGUCCAGAAGUUUAGUUAGUUAGACCCAUCACCCCCUACUAGGACAAAGGCCGCUAACAGCAAGAGUCCUCCACCCUGGGCCAGUCCUUCAAGUUGUCCCCAGGUGUAGCCUGUCUUCUUGGUGCUAGCUUCAUGGUCACGUUGCCAGGUGUUCUUUGCUGGCCGCUUUUCUGCUUCCCCUGGGGAUUCUAUGUUGGCACUUGCCCGGUGACAUUGGUAACAUGGUUUACCCAGUGUGUGUCCUAUCCAUCCCCAUCUUCUCUAAUUCUUCUGUUGCUCGCUGGUGUGUUCUCUGCCGCAGAUCAGUGUUGCUGAUUACUUCUGGUCAGUAGGUCCAAAGGAUUUUUUUCUCAGACAGCUACUGAUAAAGGUCUGCACCUUUCUUGAAGUUAGUCCAUUCUCCAAGUCUCUAGCCCGUACAGGAAAAACUAACUCACCUUGGAGUUGACAGCCUGAUCUUAUUGCGCUGUGUUUUAUUUGAGCUUGGUCCCAGCUACUGCUCGGGAUUUGGAAUAGGAAAUGCAGUACAAGAUUGCGUCCGUAAAUAUAUCUCCUCAGAAUAUCCCUGUAAGCACUCAAGGAAUGCUCUUCUUCAGUUCCCUGAUGCCUUGAAGCUGACAAAGUUCUCUCACUUCGACUAGAGGUAGACUGAAAGGUAACUAUAAUGGACCUCCAGGGCAAGAUCGAAUGUGGAACGGGUAAUCAGUCAGACACUAGGCAGGGGCUAGUGCAGUGGGUGGGGGUAGAAUUGAAACCUACUAUGAAGUUUAUGCCAAUCGAACAGCCUGUGAACACCUAGUGUGCUGGGCUCAGGAAAAGGCAGAAUUUCAGACUGUGGGUUCAUGGUGCCAUAUUGAAUUCACGCACUUUGGAAAACAAAGUGAUUUUAAAACGUCCAAGACGUGGACAAUCUUCUACAGACUCCUUGAUUGUUGACCACCACCAUAAAAUUAGAUAAAUAGAUUGCUUUAUUUUAUAAAUGAUAAACAAUAUGUUUCUCGCAUGUUAACUGAAGAGCUAUGAGCUCUGCAGUGAUGUUCUGUAACUUGGCUCUGGUAAGCAGAUCUAAGUAUGUGAGAUUAUUUAAAUGUCUUUUUUUUGUAAAUUGUAAAACUAAUUUAUAAUUUUAUUAAGUAUUGGACAUUAAGCUGUGAUUGCUCUGGGAUUCUCUCGGACCUGCAUGCUCAACUCUUGUGGGGCAUAUGUAUUUUAGAAUGUUUACGGGAGAGAGUUCUUCGAAAUGUCAUACUGUAUUUUGUUGUUUCCCCUCCGCGUCUUAUGGCGCACUGGGUGACAACCUUGUCCAUCCUGUAGCGUUUGUUUGUGUUUUUUUUAUGAGGCCAAAUUGCUAGCUCAACACUCAACGUAACACGGAUGGGAAGCGUGCAAGGAGCUGGCCGGAUUUGAACCCGAGACCAUUCGGCCCAAAGUCCAAUUCUGAUGCCACAAUACCACCGGCCAGCUAUGUGGUAUAUUGCAAAGAACUUUAAUAGGCUUUGCAUCAGCUAGCUACAGUAAAGUCUGUCUGGUCAUUUAUUUUUUUUAAAUUUAAGCAUUCUUGGUUGUGCGUCUGACGGCUCAGUAGCCGAAAGCUACAUAGUGGACCCCGAUCUGGGAGGGAUGUGGGGGUUUUGCACUCUAUCGAUUGUGGCUGGAUUAAGGCCAAGACAUGAGACUAACUCCGAUGUUAGUGCAAUUGACAAAAGUUGGUGGGAGGGUGGGUGAACAGAGGAAGAGGUGCUUUGACCCCUCUGAUCCUCGGACUAAUGUCAGUCGGGGGUUGCUGGACGGUGCAGUUAGAGGGGCCUUUUCCGUCCGGUAUCCAUGAACAAGUAAUGUGAGAGGCGAACGAGCUGUCAGGUGUCUCAUUCCCUGCCGAUACAUUGUCCAUUUUAAUUCAAGAUUGUUUAAUGGCAUUUCCAGUACACGGUUGUAAAAGAUAACGAAAUAAUUGUUACUCUGGAUCUGAUGCGGCACAAAAAAAAACAGAAUAAAUAUCAAUACAUUAUAUGUGUGUCCAUAAAGUGACGCUAGGCUUCUUUUGGUAAAUGAUGUAAGGAAAUGUGGGUCUAGGGGAGCUGCUAAACUAUCAUGAUGUAAUUAGGUGACAAAAUGGACUCCAGGGCCAAGGUGUCUCCUCCACAAAAUGGCUGGUGCGCCAGAAGUCAGCCCUUGUUCAUGGAACUUAUUAGCCCCCUGGGGAUUGAAAAAAAUGAAACAAAUGCCCACGAGAAAAUGAAUCUCAGGGUUAUAUAUGGUGAUGUAUAUGUACUUUGAUGAUAAAAUUUACUUUGAACUAUGAAAACACAGAGACACAAAGAGGCAGCAGGGAUGAUAAAACUGCUGGAAGAACACUACAGAGAUUCAUGGAAGGGAAGCAAUGGUUGAUGUUUUGAAUCAAGACCCUGCAUCAGGACUGAGUGUGUGGCGGGAGAUGGCCAGUAUAAAAUGGAGCGAGGGAAGGGUAAGAUGGGUUGGUGGAACCAGAUGAGGGGGCAUGAAGGGCAGGUCAUACUAACCCUCUUUCUCUCCUCACCCUUUCAAAUUUUUGGAGAAACCCUCUCUCCAUUGGUUCCUUACUGCUGUCUUGGUGGGGGAGGUGGUGCGGUUAAAGUCCCACUACGUAUUAAAUGCUCCCAAUGGCGUGUGCCUCAAAUGGCCUCUGACAACCAAGUCCCACUCCUGGCCUUCACGUGUGGCUUAGCUACCAAGCCUGGUGGAACUAUUUCCGCUGACAGGAGAAGAGGCCAAGGCUGGUUACUGGCUCCUUAAAACCAGUCGCUUCUUGCAGAUGGGGCUCAUCAGCUGUGGAUGGCAGCUCUUCAAGGAGAAGGAAAACUCUGAUCUCAAACCCCUGCUGCCCUGCAGCCUUACCCACUUAUGGGGAAAGCUUCGGGAGUAAACCCAGGGGGAAGGUGUGUGGUGAGGGGAAGGCUGCUGCAUAUCAUACUGCCCUGCCGAUGCAACCGAUCGAGGGCCUCAGAGGACACUCUCCGGGACUCCCUGGUUUACACACUCUGCUCUGUUCCCUGCCUCCUGAGGAGGUGUAACACUUCUUCCUCACACCCUACUCUCUCACCGGCGUCCGGGGACCCAACCAGCCCCAACAGGACAGGCAAAGGUUCACGUGCACCUCCUC